CGGCUGCGGGGGAAGGGGCGGGACCAGGGCCUUGGUGGGAGAGUUUGGCGGCAGCGUAGGAACGUGCUUCGGUCUGUGAGAAACUCGGUGAGCGGGGCCGCGCGACUGACUCGGCUCUGGGACCGCCGAGGAAACAAGCUCAUAUUUCCCUAUUGGAAACCUUCUAGCAACAGGAUGAGUCUGCAGUGGACUGCAGUUGCCACCUUCCUCUAUGCAGAGGUCUUUGCUGUGCUGCUUCUCUGCGUUCCCUUUAUUUCACCCAAAAGAUGGCAGAAGAUUUUCAAGUCCCGCCUGGUGGAGUUGGUAGUGACCUAUAGCAACACCUUCUUUGUGGUUCUCAUUGCCAUCCUUGUGCUGCUGGUCAUUGAUGCUGUACGUGAGAUUUCAAAGUAUGAUGACGUGACAGAGAAGGUGAACCUCCAGAACAACCCUGGGGCAGUGGAACACUUCCACAUGAAGCUUUUCCGUGCCCAGAGGAAUCUCUACAUUGCUGGCUUUUCCUUGCUUCUGUCCUUCCUGCUUAGACGCCUGGUGACUCUCAUCUCCCAGCAGGCCACACUGCUGGCCUCCAAUGAAGCCUUUAAAAAGCAGGCAGAGAGCGCUAGUGAGGCGGCCAAGAAGUAUAUGGAAGAGAAUGACCAGCUGAAGAAGGAAGCUGCUGGUGGUGGAAGCGGGUUGACUGCCAGGGAGGUGAAGUUGGAAUUAGCGAACAGUGACUUGAAGGUUGAAGUGGAGAAGCUGAAGGAUGAGCUGGCCAUCAACAAGCAAAAACUAGAGAAAGCUGAAAACGAGACUUUGGCCAUGCGGAAGCAGGCCGAGGGCCUGACCAAGGAGUAUGACCGCCUGUUGGAGGAGCACAUGAAGCUGCAGGUGGAGAUAGAUGGUCCCACGGACAAGAAGGAGGAGUGAGGACUCUUCCUCUCCAACUGUGGCUGUGGCCUGGCCCAAGUUUGCUGCCUCCUGAGAGCCAGGCCUCCCUUGCCACUUGUACUUCCUGCCCCCUCACACUGCUUACAGUUCCUUGUUCUCCCAGCACCCCCAUGGGGACCAAUUUUCACCCACUCAGGAUGAGCUUGCUGCCGGCCUGGCCGGCCAGGAGCAAGGUGGGCACCUGGAACCCUUGUGGUGGGGCUUGUUUCCUGCUGGGUUGAGCCCCUUUUUGUGUUGUUCAUUGAUGUUUGGGGUUCCAAGGCCCCUUUUCUCUGGUCCUGCAGGAGGGUGGGUGGAGCAGGCAGAGUAGAGUUUCUCUUGGCAAUAAAGGUUG